AAGACCGAUAAUAAAAGCUCGGCGAUCGACGACGAGGUGAAUUUACCAGCAUGUAAAGCAAGCUAAAGACUCUUCAAAAUGGCAUUGAAACAUUUUAUAUUUAUCAUUUUGGUUGUAAUAUCAUUGAAUUUUGUAUCAGGGAGUAAUAAAGGCUUGAUUUGUUCAUGUAACCAAGAUAUUUGUGCGAGGACGAACAACUCGUGUGUUGUACAGACAGAUCACGGAUUAUGUGUAUUCAGGUUGGCCCGCGGGAUAAAACAAGAAGAAAAGCGAUUCUUGACGUGUGAGAAUGAGCCUCAUGGUGUUCCACCAGAGAGAUAUUUCUCUUGCCAGGACCCACCACCGUCGUCAUUGUACGUUUCACUUUGUUGCACAGAUAGUGAUUACUGCAAUGGUGUAAAAUGGAAAGAUGUUCAUCUGGAUCCAUUAGAGCCACAGGAAACUCCACCAGACCAAUGCCGCCAAGUUCCGCAGAGAGGACCGUGUAACAUGCACGAGACGCGUUUCUUCUAUAAUCUCACAAGUUCUAGCUGUCAGGAAUUCAUCUAUGGAGGCUGUGAUGGCAAUGACAACCGUUUUAUGGAUUCAGAAUCCUGCAUGGAUGCAUGUAAAGAUUACAGGGUAGGUGGACCCGAGUCAGGUAUAAGCAUUGCUGGUGUAGCAGCACUAGUGGCAGGACCUAUCUGUCUGAUCUGCAUAUCAGUGACAAUCUACCUACUCCUUAGACAGAGCCCAGGAUGUAGAGAUGAUGGUCAUGGUCAGAUGCUUGAUAUUGGAUCUAAGGAUAAACUUAUCACAUCUCCACAGCUCAGUGAUCUGGUAGUGGAUCCAACCACAUCUGGAUCAGGAUCAGGUUUACCACUUUUAGUCCAGCGUACCAUCGCUCGUCAGAUUGUCAUUCAGGACUGCAUUGGGAAAGGGCGGUAUGGUGAGGUGUACAAGGGUAAAUGGCGAGGCGAGUCUGUAGCUGUGAAGAUAUUUAGCUCUCGUGAGGAACGUUCUUGGUUCCGUGAAGCUGAGAUCUACCAGACUGUGAUGCUUCGACAUGAGAACAUCCUUGGUUUUAUUGCUGCAGAUAAUAAAGACAAUGGAACAUGGACCCAGCUUAUCCUUGUCAGUGACUACCAUGAAAAUGGAUCCCUCUUUGACUACCUGAAUGCCCAUUCAAUUGAUGUACCUGGAAUGUUGAGAAUGGCACUCUCUAUUUCUACUGGACUAGCUCAUCUGCACAUGGAGAUUAUGGGCAUGCAAGGUAAACCAGCCAUUGCCCACCGAGACAUCAAGUCCAAGAACAUCCUGGUUAAACGCAAUGGUCAGUGUGCUAUUGCUGAUUUGGGACUUGCUGUCAGACAUGACUCUGUUACAGAUACAGUGGAUAUCUUCCCCAACAAUCGCAUAGGUACAAAGCGUUACAUGGCUCCAGAGGUGUUAGAUGAUACCAUUAACAUGAAUCACUUUGAUUCCUUCAAGCGGGCUGAUGUAUAUUCCUUUGGAUUAGUACUAUGGGAGACGGGAAGAAGAUGCUCAGUAUUUGGUAUCCAUGAAGAGUUUUGUCUACCAUACCACCCAUGGGUACCAAUGGAUCCUCCUAUUGAAGAAAUGAGGAGGAUAGUGUGUGUUGAGAAGAGGAGACCACCCAUUCCUAACAGAUGGAACAGUCAUAAGAUCAUGGAAUCUUAUGCUAAGGUGAUUAAGGAGUGUUGGUAUCAGAACGGAGCUGCCCGUCUCACUGCACUUCGUAUCAAGAAGACCUUGGCUGGUUUGAUGGGACCCUCAGAACCCGAGGUCUUACUCCCACCGGCAAACAUGCAGAAUACAUGUGACCCCUCGCAGAGCGGGGACGACCUCAAGGGGAGACUGCCCCCCUCUGCCAUCAUCCCUACCUCGCAUCCUCCGGUUGGUCCUAACCCAUACCCCAUCCUCAGCUAGUGGGGGGUUUUACCAACAGCUCUUUUGGUGAAGGAUGUCUACAACUUUGUUCUGAGAUAAGAGUUCUUCUGUCAGUAUUGUUGAUGGAUGGAGAGAUUCUCUGGAACACAGACAAUGGAAGGUGGACUGUAUGCUUUGUCAUGUGAGAUUUGUGCAAGUCACCAUAAAGAGAACAUGGGGAAGGAUAAUGUGAUAUCACUGUGUCAUUAUUAAAAUGCAUCUAACAGACAAGUACAGCGAAUAUUGUGCAUUUUAGAGACCACUGUUUUGAGAGAACAGCUCCUGACUUCCCGUUACUAAUCACAGAAACAUUGCGUGAUUAAGACAACAUUACAUGUUUCUUUAGUAUCCUACCAUGUUAGGUAUACAGGACUACCUGAUUCAACAAUCCCCUUUAAAACAGGCUCUCUCGAUUAUAAAAUGGAAUGAUUAUUUCUGAAGUUAGUUGGUGCUUUGGACAGCCUAAUGAUGGAAGUUUGACCCUACUGGUCUUGGUCAUCAAAACUUCGGAUCACCUCUUACUUGGUCAACAGAAGUUUUUGUCUGCAAGAAGUGGAUAAGUGAAGCUACAAUCCUAGUGCAUCUUGUGUGGCCGUUGAAUCACGGCUGCUUGAGACUGCAUCUCGGAGGAGCAUAUCUGAGAAUAACCAGCAUUUAAAUCAGAAGAAAUCGCUUGAAUGAGAAUGUUUAAAAUGACCAGAAUUAUUAUAGAGUGUUGAGUUCGUUUUCAUCUAUCUAACACAAACAGAGAGUGGCUGGCUGGUAAUUAUCAGAUUACCAGUAAUAGAUUUCUGCUCCUCCUACUUGAGACAUCGAUUGUGUUUUUUAAAUCAACCAAAUGAGCUGGGGUGCAGAGAGCAGACUGUUGAAUAUAGAACCCAAGUUUAAAUGAGGACCAGAGAAAGAACAAAUUUGAGUCAUGUGAAAGAAAUCCAUUAGAGGAUAACGAUAACAGAUAGUUUGUACUUGACAUUUACAGUACACAUGCACUGUGAGACAAGUACAACAAAUCCUUAACAUUAAAAGAUAUCAAUCUAGCCUUUAUUUUAUUAAAGUAAAUCUUUAAGAUAGAUUAUGAUACAGGGUUAGAAAAGUCUUUGAGAAAGAUGGUUCCUUGUUGGUAGGACAAUGGUUUGUAAGAUGAAGUCACCAAACUGGCUACGAGGAGAUGAGGCAGCACCUUUGCCUCAAUGGGUCAGAAGAAGAGCUCUUCAUCAUAAAACUCAUCUAUUCAGGAACCCGAUUAGCAUGAUACCUCAAAUUGCAGACAAAUAGGUCUUUAGGAUGAUAUCUUCUGUUACCUUAGCUUUUCUUGUUUAUGUAAAUCAAAUCAAGCAGUGCAAGGUAAUUUCUCUAUUAUAGUGGAUGGGUUAGUCCGUGAGAAUCAACCUUUGAUUGGUACAAAUAGUAAAUGUAAACAAUUUGAAAGCUCAAGUGUCAUGUAAGAAAUAGUUUAGCUUGAAGAUCCUUCCAAACUUUUUCUUUGUAGUCAAAGUAGCGCCAACAGAAUGGCAAGAUUAUCUCAGGUUUUCAAAAUUUAGGAACGUAGCUCAACUAUUACUCGGCGCUGUAUUCAUAUCAACAUUACUCGUCAAUGCAUAGUGCAAUUAGGAAUAUCAACCUAGAAAUUCAACAACAAUUUUGUUGAAAUUGAGCAUAUUUGUCUAGAAAUGCAUCAUGAAGUAAAUCUGCUUGAAGAGAUGGAUUUCGGAAGCUAGUUUGUCAUCUUAUUUUUUGGUCCAGCUUGUAUGUAAGCUGUGCCUUGAAUUCAGAAAUAAUCAAAAACAUUAUCAGAAAAAUUUGAAUUUUUCUCUUGUUACAGAUAUAAAUUGGAUGGACAGAGAAUGUGUUAUUCAACAGAAUCCCAAAUUGAAAACUGUCAUCUGUAACUUUUUGCAGGGUAGAUUACAGUCACAGUUCAUCAUUCUCUUGUAUAUGAAUCUUUUAAAGAGAGACUGAGAGAGUGUGUGUGAGAGAGAAAAUUGAUAUAUUUGUGAACAGCAACAGAUAUAUAAUGAAUUAUUGGAUUGUCAAAGUGAUCUCAGUCCAAUAGCCUUGUUUUCAUGUUGGUGUUUUCAGAUAUAUCAAAUGAUGGCAGGUGUUGAUAAUAUAGACCUUGAUAUCUAAGCUGAGUUUGUACAGAUCUAGGACAGUGAAUGGAUCAGCAUGAUCAGCUUGUAUAAUGGGAGAUUUAAACGGUGUGUAGGAAAUAUAGAAACAAAACAUAAAUGUACUGUUUCAUUCUAUACAUAGAGUCUGUAUAUAACUGUGAAGUGAAUGACUUGUUCAUCAUGAAAAUAUUCAUUUUGCCAUUCUCAAUGUAACAUGCUGUACAUACCGCUGCUUGUAAAUACAUGUAUAGUGUGUUGUAGCAAACCCAUGCCCUAUCCAGUCCAUAUAGUGUAAUGUAUCUCAUGUAUGAAUCAAUAUUCAAAAUGGCUAUUUAGAAUAACUGUAUGUAUAUAGCAAUGUUGCACAUUAUGUUGUUCAUGGCUGAAAAAAAAAUGAUUUGGGGAAUAUUGUGACUGAAGUACACAGAAUGCAGGAAUGAUUGUUCAAACUCGUAUAUGAAAUAAGAGCACCCAUAUUUGUUUUGUGUAUACAUUUGCAAGUACAUAAUUAGAUAUAAGUGAAUGUUUGUUGUUUAUGAUACCUUUUCUUUCUCACUUAAAUGCUGACAUUCUUGUAAGGAAAGAAGAUGAUAAAUUGCUAAACAGUAGGGGUUAUGCACCAAACAGUAUUGCAUUGUUCACUCGAGUGAUAAGAACUUUAAACAGGAACACAUACAAGUCAGCUAUGGGUAGCUUUCAUCAAAAACACUGAGAGUCAAACAGGAUGGUAUGCAAUGAUUGGAGAAUAGGGACUCAUUGCAUAAAGAGUUUCAACUACAUAACUUUGCAAGAAUGGUAACUACCGUUGAUACCUUGAUUAUGAUUAGCUGCUGAGCCCUGUUACUAUGGUAGUUGCUGUAAUAGCAAGAUUACAACAGUUAAAAUCCUUUUAUCUCUGAUGGGUAUGCAAGAAGACAGCAAUGCUUUUUUAAACUAAAAUUACUGUAGGUUUUUUAAGAAAAAUAUUUUCCCCACAAACCCGUAUCAUGUACAGGUUUUUCUUGGACAAAAAUUGAAAAUACUGUUUGGAACUGAAUCUUGACUGAACUUAUGGAAAUGUUUGGGGUUCAAAAAUGUUUUUUUUUCAUAAUGCUUAAUGAAAAACUCACUUGUAUGAAACAACUGUCCAGUUCUCCUAGCAACUCUAAAUCAUGUUAAUGUAGAAUUACUAUAUAUUGAUGUAGUUGAUAGAAUUGCUCAUCAAAUCAUGACUAAAUUGUUUAUUGCAAUAGCGAGUAUCCAUUGUGAUGAUUUAAUCAUGCUGGAGAUGACUAAACUUGCUAGUACUGCAAUGUUUGUGUGAUCGAAAAAAUUAAUGAGGAGAACAAUUCAUCUACCCUUGUUCCUGCUUAUCUUCUAUAUCUGUCUUUCAUCCUCUUAAUUUUUUUCUGGUUUCUUUUUCAAUUUCUCAAACCCUCUUCUUUCUAUCGAUUUUUUCAGUGUAGUCAUUCUAAUCUUGCACCCAGAAACAGAUAUGAUAGUAAUCUGCUUUUAAUAUAUCGAAACGACGUCUCUAAGCGCUUUACAGAUAAUGAAUGAUUAUAAAAUACAACAUUUUAAAUGUCAUUUCUUUGAGAGUAUUCAUACAAUUUUUCAUCAACAGUAAUCUUCCCCCAAUAUCUAUCUUUGUCUUUGCUAAAAUGCAUUGUGCAUUUUGACUCCGAGAGGUCACAUUCACAGUUCCAAUUUUUUUUUGCUUCUACAGGGCAGUAUGAAAUCAGUGUAAACAGAGUUAUAGUGCUUCUAGCAGAUUUCUUUUCAAAACUCAUUUUUCAGGUGCAUUUGUAAUUGAAUUCUCAGUAAUCACAAAGACAAAAAUUGUAUGAAAACAUUGUUUUGAGUUACAAGCCUUUCAAAACAUUGUACCUGGUCUGGAACUUGGUUUGAAUGACGCUUACGUCUUUAUAUAUUACUCUCUUCUCUCCCACCUCAUAUCUCUUUCUUUUUCUCCCUCUGUCUAUCCUCUAGCAUUCUAUCUUCUUUUUCUUUCAGUUUAUCUAUCAUAUUUUACAGUCAUGUAAUAACCUGCCCUACAAUGUUAAAUCUGUAUGUUGUUCACCUUGCAAAGAAAACAUUGAUGCUCUAUUCAUACAAUGGUAGUAGAUAUGUUCUGAUUUCUGUAUCAUGUUCAGUUUUUGUGAUUUUGUGAAUUCAUCAUGUGUUAGGAUUUUAAGAUAUGUGUAUGUGAUUCUUGUAUCUGCUCACAACAGCAAUUUUUAAUGCUGUUCAAAGUUCACCUGCAGAAGGGCAUAAUAGUACUCAAAACAUUAAUUUACAGCUGUUUAUCGCUGGAUGCUGUAUUUUCAAAGUCUAGGUGGUGUAAUGAAGUAUAUGAUAUGUCAUGGUUCAUGAAAAAUUUCAAUUUUCUUUAUUCUUUAAAUACAGCCUUAUCUCAAAUUAAGCACUGCCAAUUGGCCAUCAAUUUCAGUCAGUAAACUACAGGUACAUAUGUUUUGGCCCAAACUAAAGACCAUUUUAUGGUUACUAAAAAGUGAAAAAGCACUCUUUACUAAAUUGUGAUGUUAUAUUUAUCAUUUAGUUUUUUAUAUGCCCUUGUGUAGGAGAACAUAUUGAUCCAGUAUUAAUGACAAUGCUCUUGUGAGUGAAGACUUCUAAAACUUCAUGUGAAUAUUAUAUGUGAAGUAUUUACCGACUAUAGAAGGUAAAUGCUAUCUGAUUUUAUUUCUGUCCUCUUCCUUGUGAUAAUGAUGCUGCAUGUGAACCUUGUUCAAUGAGAAGGUGAAUUUAAAGACAGAAGUGAGACAAAUUUAUCUCUCUAUAUUUUACAAAAUGUUAUUUUUUAUACAUUUUUCUGAUGUGGACUGGGCGAUUCUCCUUACAAAAACAUUAACGGCUGCAUUGAUUAAGUGUAUUAGGUUGGUUUUUCUCUUAGAGUUUAAUCAACCAUUAUAAACGUGUGUGUCCAAAUUUAGUUUUAAUCAAUGAUGAUAUAUAAGCACUGUGCUGCUACAUUGAAUGUCUACCACUAGAAAGAACCAAUGGAAAACUAUAAGAUACUUCAUGACUAUUCUAAAUCUCUUGUAAAAUUUAGACAAUGUGAGAGCUACAGCCUUUAUUUGAUAAAAUUCUGUAUAUUUUGUGUUAUGUUUUUAAUGCUUAUACUUUUAGAGAGAUUUUGUGAUGAAUGAUGUGUUGUUUAAAUCAUAUUUGGAUUAUUGAUGAUUUUGAAUUGACUUUUAAUGAUUAAUGAUUUGUGUGUAUGUAGCCUAUUCCAUCUGUCUCUGGUUUUCAUCUCACUGGCAAAAAGAGGAUGUAAAUAUACCCCUAAAAGAAGAGAAUCACUCACUUCAUCACUUAACACAGUAGGAGACAACCAGUUAUUCUUGUUUGGAUUGAUAAGAAUUAUGCCAAACAUCAUAAUAAGUAAUAUGAAAGAUUCAGUGGACCUGCUGCCUCCGUACAUGUAGGUGCAUAUGUUGAUAAGUCUAUUGAUAUUUUUAUUCAAAUAAUAGCAGAAUUGAGUUUCUGUAAAAGGGGAAGCCAUAUUAAUUGAUGAUUCCCUAAUAUAUUCUCAUGUUUUUUAAUAAUGGUAUUUUAAUAGUGGUAUUUACUAUAAAUGAUCCCUAGAUCUCAGUGUCAAAAGUCUGUAAAAUGUGAAAACCCUGAAGACCAGAAAGUAUUUUAUGUUAACCAGAGAGCAGCUGUAUUAUUGUUAAUGAUGAGAGGGCUAAAUUGUAAUGAAAAUGAACUACGCAGCUGUUAUACCAGAGCUAUGCAUUGGCAGUAGAGCUCUUAAGAAACAAUAAAUUGCUUGUUUUGCCUUUGUUUCAAUGAGAGAGAUAUUACAGAAAAUUUUAGCGAAACAACAGAUUUAUUAAUAUAGAUUUCUUCAUGUGUAGUGUAUUUUUUAAUUUCAGGAUAUUUAAUAAUGAAAUGCUGUACAAAGGAUAAGGGAGUAUUUUUAAUGUUGAGAAUGACCUUAUUUGGUUACCAUUUCUUUAUGUGAAUAACCCAAGUGGCCAAUUUGUUUUCUUUUUUUUUAAUUGAAGUGACAAAAAUUUAUAUUACUGUUCACUGUUGUUUUUUUUCUGUUCCUAAUGCUCAGGCAUAGGUUUAAUUUCAUCCUGAAGUUAAUUUGUAAUUAUGUGCAUGUCUGUUUGUGUGUGAGGUUGAGAGUGUGUUUAGGGAUGAAAUACAAAGGCUGUUAUUUGAAUUGCUGUCUGUAUUCAAUGACGAGGUAGGUCAUCUUUGUUUAGCUUCUUGAUGAAUGAUCUUUAUUUUCUUAUGAUUUUUUCAUGGUUUGAGAGAUGCUCUCUUUAUCAUAUACUAUUCCACAUAACUGUUCGACAAUUUAUGUAAUAUGAUAUUGUUUUCACUUUGUUUAACAAUAAUAAAGCAGAAUAAUUAUUACCUGGUACUAUAAAAACAAAACAAAACCCAAAAGAUUUUACUUUGUACAAGGAAUCAAUGACAGCAACUCCCAUUUUUGUGAUAAUGAUGAUAUUCGGAUCAAUGUAGCACUAGUACAAAGUGCUAUUAUAGAAAGUUAGUUGCAAUUUGUAAGUGUAUUAGAGACUCAAGAAUCUCCUGGGAGUCCUGGAUAUCACGUUUUCACCAAGAGAGGCAUCACACACACCUCUAUAUGGGAACAGUCGUGAAUACAUUUUAUGAUAUUGAGAGGCUAUAACUUGUUACUUAUACUUUGUAUAUAUGUCUGAUAGCUGCAUAUCAGAUAUUCUUUUCGCAUUUACUGUCCAUUGAUUUCAUUGUUGUAUAGGUGUUUAUGUAUUUCACUUAAUAUGUAAGCACACGUGCACAUGAUAACUGCUGUAUUUUGAUCCAUGCAUCACCCUCUCAUAAUACUUGUAUGUUAUUAGGUAGAGAGGAUGUGAAUAAGGAAGAUUAUAUGUGCCAUAAAUAUAGGUUGUGUACAUGUACUAGAAAUAUAUAUAUAUAUAAUGAUACCAAAUCAAAUUGCAUAGUUGUUAGUAUGUUUAUGUGGAUCUCUGGUAUUGAAAAGGGACACCUGUAUGGCCUUUUAACGUGGGGCAGGAGUACAGGAAUUAGAAUUUGUGAGUUGCGAAGAAUAACGUGUAUUCAUGUAUCAAAUGUACAAAGAAUGAUUGACUUUCAUUUUAGAUAGCCUUUUCCGUUUACGUGUAUGACUCUAAUAUCUUAGCACUGUGGACACUUCUCAGAAUAUAAACUGGCUGUAGAAUGUUUGAGUGGUAGCAUACAUUAUUGAAACAAUGUCAAUUGGUAUACUGCAUUUGUUGUUAUCCUGUAUAUACAUUCUGUGAAUUGGUACCUUUCAUUACCUCUCUAUAUGUAAAAAAAAAAGAAAAGAAAUGACAAAGCUUUUAAUUUUUUUUUAAUAAAGCAUCAAUAAAAUUGAGAGCAGGAUCAUGAGAGUUUGGACUUAUUUUGCUCCUACAGAAGAGUGAAGAUUUUAUUAGACAAAAUGUGAUCACUAGAACGCAAUUGACAAUUCUCUGUCAUGGUGUGCAAGCUCACCUUCCAUUGUAUUUUGUGCCACAUUCUUUUUAAAAUAAAUUUUACCAUCAGUAAUGAACUGUAGGAUAAUAUUGAAAGAUUUUUGAAUUCUUAAUUAUAGAUUCUGUUUUUAAAUGUUUUAUUAGAUUCUCUAAAGUUUAGGUGAUCAAACAGAAAUGUGUUAGCAUGAUUCAUCAUAAAGCAUUUCAUUUUUGAACGAUUAAUCACCAUAUAAGAAUUUAUAAAUUUUUAAUUAUGAAAAGUAUUCUUAUUGGCUGAAGUGAGUUUUCUUUUAACGAAUAAAUCCAAUUGAUAAUUAAUUAAAUUCUUCAGAAAUAUGUUCAGACUCUCACUAUCAUGUUCCUCUCAUUUUUUUUUCAAAUUCAAAUUUUUUUUCAGGAUGGACUUCAUAUUUUAGGCGGAUGGUGUAAAUCAAGCAAGGGAAAAAGUGUGAAAAUAUUUGAUACAGUGGGUUUUCAUCAUUAAAUAAUGCAAUCUAAAUUCUAAUGGGCAUUUUAGUUCAUAAUGUUAAACAUUUUCAGCUUGAUUUGUAAGUAUUUAUAGGUGUUCAUGUUGUUUACUUUUAUUUAGGUCCCAGAAGCUGUUUUAAUUUUUUUUUAUUUGUUGUUGGAGUAUAAAGUACACAUUAAGCUUUUUAUUAAAAUGUAGUUUCAUUUUAUCAUGAUUUUUGCAAAACUUAUAAAAAAGCAUUAGAGCGUAAGUGUAAGCUCAUGCUUUGGUUACCAUUGUCACUGUUGUCAUUAAAUGUGUCAUUGUUGUUUGUGUGUUUGGCACAUUGUGUAAACACUAUGUAUUUUUGUAUCCUGUUUAUCGCUGUGUGUUGCAAUGGUAUCGUCCAAUAAAUGAUUCACUCAUGUUAUGGA